GAAAAUGGAGAGCGCCGAUGGAUGAAUCCUCGAUUGCUUCUUAGGGUAGCCCACCAAUUCAACCCGGAAAGUGUGCGGCAGCGAGCCCGACGACGGAGUGCAGACGCACAAACACCUCGACGACCGAUACAACUGCCAGCGCUUUUUACUUAGCGUACAAUCCAAAUGGCAUGGUAACACAGCGUUGUUGGUUUGACAUAACGUACCGAGUACCGUCGGUCCCUUGCGUCUGCCACCAUUACCACCAACAACCAGCAGCACAAGCCGUUUCACCUCCCCCACUCCUUGGCUCUCCGCAAUGGCCGAAACGUCUUCGGCAUCCGAGAGCACGCCGCUCCUCCCGUCCGAUGCGUCGUCUCCCGAGUCCCUCCGGCCAUCUAAGCCCCCGCGAACCGUCACUUUCAAUCCAAACCCCGUCAGCAAGACCAUCGAGCCAGAAGCUGCCUACCAACAUGCCCGAUCGUCGCAAUCACGGCGCCCGUUCGCGUCUCCUGCGAGCCCCUCCGCUAUCAGCGUCGGCGGCUUGGGCGGUGGUCCGCCCAUGCUCUCGGCCCUGAACAACAAACUCCUCCGUCGCAAUAGCCACGGCGGCGUCCCUGGCGGCCACUCCGGCGGCCACUCCGUCAGCUUGCCGCUGGUUGCCACCGCCGGCGCCGGGAUGCCCAAGAUCGGCCCGCAGCGCAGCACCAAGAACGCCCAGAAGCUCAAACUCCUGCCGAACCCGGAGCUGGAAGCCGACGUUGACGACGAGAUCGGCCGUGAUGUCUACUCGCAAUACACCCGCAUCAAGGACCCUUCGGCCCGCCGCGAUGCUGCCCGUCUCGGCAAGGCCGACCGCGACCGGCUACCGCGUGUCACCGCCUACUGCACCGCCAACCGAUACCAGAUGGACGGCCUGCAGCGCUUCCUCAAGGGGAGAGGGAAGACGAGAGGGGCGAACCCCAAGCUGAUCGACGAGUGCAUCUACACGCCCUACAGCUACAGCUCCAAGCAGGUACAGACGGCGCGCCAGGAGAGCCUGGCCGAGACGCGCUCCAGCCCGGGACGGAGACACUCGACCGGAAACCUCCUCGAAGGUCUCGCCGAGUCUAGCCGCCCGGCCCUUGGCAACGGUCUUUCCGAGGGCCGAGAAACCACCGGCGACGUCCUUGACCAGCAGAUCUCUGGCGAUGGCCUGGACAGCGAGGUUCUCGACUUCGACAUCAACGUGCACACGCCCGAGGUGUUCCUCUUCGAGUACGGCGUGGUAGUAAUAUGGGGCAUGUCGGCCGCCCAGGAGCAGCGCUUCCUUAAGGAGAUAUCCAAGUUCGAGGUCGAGAAGCUCGGUCCGGACGACGUCGAGACGGAAAAGUUCAACUUUUACUACACCCACGAGUACCAGGCCCGCAUCUACAACGACUUCAUCGCCCUGCGCGACAAGAACAACUACAUGACCAAGCUGGCCAUUUCCCACGCCCUGGCCCAGAGCGUAAAGACGUCUCUCUUCGAGGAGCUCAUAGCCUCCACCAUCGACGAGUGCAAAAACAUACCGGCGCAGCUCGCCCUGACGGGCAAGAUCGCCCUCUCGCGCGCCGAGAUCAACAUGCAGAUCGGCGAGCUCUUCAUCCUGCGCAUCAGCAUCCACCUCAACGGCUCCGUCCUCGACACACCGGAGCUCUUCUGGGUCGAACCCCAGCUCGAGCCCGUCUACCAGGCCGUCCGGAGCUACCUCGAGAUGGACCAGCGCGUCGGCCUGCUGACGGAGCGCCUCGACGUCAUCGCUGAUCUGCUGGCCGUCCUCAAGGAGCAGCUCAGUCAUGGGCACGGCGAGAAACUGGAGUGGAUUGUCAUUGUUCUCAUCGCUGCCGAGAUUGUCGUCGCCAUCGUAAAUAUCAUAGUCGAUUUAUGGGUGGGCGUCUGACACGUUAAUCCUUAACGCUGGCUUCUUCUCGGUUCUGAGGGCGGGUGAGGUCCAUCCCACCCACCGAUCUUUGUCUUCCAAAUGCUGGUGCGGACAACCUUUUUGGAGUUUGGGGAAGGUAUAGGCUGGCGUUCUGGUUCGGGAGAGUUCUAGUCGUUUGAGUUUGGUCCGACCUUAGAAGGGGGAAUCACCUCGCGAGGAGCCGCG